AUGGGUGUUAUUCAGAAUCUCAAACUGUGGAAAAACAAUGUUACCCACAUUGAUGCGAAUGGCAAUGAGGUAACGGAGGAGGUUCCUCGCGUCAUGCCGCCCCCACCGUGGAAAGUGGUUGCUCUUCUUGACUUGAAAGCAUGGCUAUAUUUUUGUCUUGGAUUGGCUGCUUGGACGGCGGAUGGUUACGACUUCAACGCAGUCAACCUCGUUGCCACUGACUUGGCAACUGUAUAUGGCAGAGACUUGAGCAGUAUCACGUUAUCCAUCACACUUACUCUCCUCUUUCGGUCAGUGGGAGCAGUCCUUUUCGGUAUCAUGUCCGACUGCUUCGGUCGAAAAUGGCCAUUGUCGGCAGAUCUAUGGAUCUUGGCUGGCCUUCAAGUUGCUACGGCUUAUGUGACGGAGUUUUCGUCAUUUAUUGCCAUUAGAGCUAUAUUUGGUGUCGCCAUGGGAGGUAUAUGGGGACUUUCUGCAGCCAUGUCUAUGGAAAACAUGCCUGUUGAGGCCCGUGGCUUGUUUUCAGGGCUAUUGCAACAAGGUUAUGCCCUGGGCUAUCUGAUUGCUGCCGUGGUCAAUAUCACGGCUGUCCGUUACACAAGUGAAGGUUAUAAGGCCAUCUUUCAUGUUGGAGCUGGCUUUACAGGCUUGGUAGCCUUAAUUGUCAUGUUCAUACCAGAAUCCCCUAUUUUUGUGAAUGACGACGGGGAAAACGCUGGUCAAAUGCCUCUUCGGCAUAAAGUUGCCGGCGUGUGGCGGGACUUAAAAUUGGCCUCGCGGUUAUAUUGGAAGAUUUUCUUGUAUUGCAUUGCUUUGUGCAUGGGGUUUAACUGGAUGAGUCAUGGUUCGCAGGAUAUUUACCCAUCCUAUUUGAAGGUCCAAAAAGGAUUUUCAUCUGACCAGGCCAGUGUUGCAACAAUCAUCGGUCAAUGUGGCGCCAUCGUGGGAGGAGCUAUUUGUGGUUAUUAUUCUCAGUUCUUCGGUCGUCGUUUGACGGUUGUGGUGGCUUGCUGCUUCGGCGCUUGCAUAAUCCCGCUUUGGACUAUCCCAAACACAUGGAGCCCAAUUGUCGCUGGUACCUUUUUAAUCCAGGCAGCAGUUAAUGGGGCAUGGGGCAUUAUGCCGAUAUUCUUGAAUGAGUAUUCCCCGCCGCAAUUUCGUGGUGUCUUUCCAGGUACGGUUUAUCAGAUAGGGAAUAUGCUGUCUUCUCCUGCUGCACAGAUCUCAACUGUUGCAGCCAGUAAUUGGAUCCGCGACACACCCUCAGGGCCAAAACCAAAUUACAGUCAAGUUAUGACAAUCACCAUGUGUAUUGUCUUCACUGCCUGUGCUAUUAUCAUGGCCUGUGGACAGGAACGGCUGGGAAGCCGUUUUGAGGUGGUCACCAGAGCAGGGGCUGCGCAAAAGAUCAACCCAGAAGACAAAAUCCACAGUGUUGAAGAUGGUGAGUGUGAAACUGGUCUAGACGACGCAGUUUCCCACAAGGAAGCUCCUAGAGCAGUGUACAUCGAGCAGGUUUAA